AUGGAGUUUCCUCUAUUCACAGUUGAUAAUGAAAAAUGUAAGAUCGAUUUAAAUAUAAAAAGUAAUUUUCAAAAUUCAAAUAAUAAUUUAAUGAAUAGAGUAAACUUAAACGGUUGUCCAGAACCAUUAUAUCAAGAAACCCCACCAAAAUUUCUUAUGAAAAAUAGAAAAGAAAAAAAUGAUAAUAUAAAUAAAAAUAAUAUAGUUGAUAAUGAAAAAUGUAAGAUCGAUUUGAAUAUAAAAAGUAAUUUUCAAAAUUCGAAUAAUAAUUUAAUGAAUAGAGUAAACUUAAACGGUUGUCCAGAACCAUUAUAUCAAGAAACCCCACCAAAAUUUCUUAUGAAAAAUAGAAAAGAAAAAAAUGAUAAAAUAAAUGAAAGUAAUUUAGUUGAUAAUGAAAAAUGUAAGAUCGAUUUGAAUAUAAAAAGUAAUUUUCAAAAUUCGAAUAAUAAUUUAGUGAAUAGAGUAGACUUAAACGGUUGUCCAGAACCAUUAUACCAAGAAACCCCACCAAAAUUUCUUAUGAAUUGCAGUUUAUUUGUUUAUACAUUAAUAUUAGAUUUAAAAUCCCUUUAA